UUACGGUGACGGAUUAACAGAGGCACGAUAUGAGAGGCGCCAGAAAGAAGAAACAAUUACAAUGAACACACGGAUUUCAUUACAAUAUUACAUAUAUUAAAGCAGAGAAACAAAAACGACUUGUCACACACAACACUCGAUGAAUUAUUUAGAGAAAAUGAGCGACAAUUUUGAUUCUUUAAACCCUAAUAUUAUAUCAUAAUUUCUUAAUUUCUUUUCCCUCUGCAUUUGAUUUAUUUAUUUAUUAAUUUUUUGUAAAUUUCCUCUUCUUGUGAUGGAGGCAUUGAUCGAGCUGUGCGAUCUGAUCGCGCAGAAUCCGAAGCAAUUCUCCGAUAAACUCGGGUGGAUUUGCAACCGGUGUCCACAGCCUGACUUGCUUUUGUCCGGAUCCCCACGCGUUUCUCGUUCUCAUCUCAAUGCCGUACUGGCCGUAGCUCGGUUUCUGUCGAAAUGUGGGGAAGAGCCCGAGUCACGUGCUAAAUCUGUGGUGCUCGAGUUCUUCCGUGCCAUUCCGUUGUCGUUUCACCGCUCGUUCUGGCCUCAGGCGUUCAGUAGUGACUCAAUUUUGUCUUUCUUUACGGAUUUCUUAGGCUACUUGUCGCAAUCCACCGGUGUCUCCCCCGAUUUCGUGGCCGAUAUUGCCGCGGUAGCCGGAGAGGUGGUUUUGGCAGCAAUUAACUGCAACAUGGCCGAAGAUUCGGGGGUUUCUAGAGCGUUUCUGUUGGCUUUGUCGAGAAAUUUCCCGCCAAUUCUAGCUUCAGAUGCGAAUACAGUGGUGACGUGUCUCUUUGAUCAGUUUGCAGUACCAAUUCCGGCUUCACCGAGAGAACAAAUGAUAAUUAACUCAGAAACGUCGUCGUCUCAGAGCUCACCGAUAAUUUUAAACCACCUUCAGCUGCAGCUCAGUAGCAAUAACGAGAGCGAGUCAAGUCCAGGAAAUGAGGUGACCAGCCACAUUUCGGUGUCGAGUGUGUCAAUCAAUGGUGGGGGAAGCAUAUUUGGUGGAGUGAAUGAUGUACCACAAGUCAGGCAACAGGUUGCUUCAUACGAGGAAGAACCCGUUGAGAGCUUGGAGAAGCAGGAGAUUGCAUUUAAAUUGAUCACACAUAUUUUGGAUAAAGUACAGAUUGAUUCCAAGCUUUUGGAGCAGGUUAGGUUUAUUGCGAAGAAGCAGCUCCACUCCUUAUGUGCUUUUAUGAAGAUAAGGAAGCGGGACUGGAAUGAACAAGGGCCACUUUUGAAAGCCAGGAUAAAUGCAAAACUAUCUGUUUAUCAAUCUGUGGCUAGGUUGAAAAUUAAGAGCCUUGCAUCUCUUGAUCCAAAUGGGAAAAACUCUAAAAGGUUGGUCCUUGAUGCUCUUGCAUCGCUUCUAGAUGCUGCUGAAGCAUGUUUGCUCUCUGUAUGGAGAAAGCUGAGAGUUUGUGAAGAGCUGUUCAGUUCACUGCUUGCGGGGAUUGCACAGAUUGCUGUUAUUAGGGGAGGUCAGCUGCUCCGUGUUUUACUCAUUCGCUUCAAGCCCCUUGUGCUAACUGCAUGUGCACAGCCCCAAGGUGAUACUUGGGGCAGCAGCCGAGGAGCCAUGUUUGAGAGUAUUAUGAAGACAAGUUGUGAGAUAAUUGAAUCUGGCUGGACCAAGGACCGGGCACCUGUUGACACAUUUAUCAUGGGAUUAGCUACAAGUAUUCGUGAACGAAAUGAUUAUGAUGACCAGGUUGAUAAAGAGAAACAUCCGGUUCCUCCUCUGCAGCUUAAUCUUAUACGCUUGCUCACUGAUUUGACUGUUACUGUUAACAAGUCUGAAGUGGUAGACAUGAUAUUGCCACUUUUUGUUGAGAGCUUAGAAGAGGGUGAUGCUUCAACUCCUAGUUCAUUGCGACUUCGACUUCUUGAUGCUGUGUCUCGCAUGGCAAGUUUAGGUUUUGAGAAGUCUUAUCGUGAAACAGUUGUUCUGAUGACAAGAAGUUACUUGAGUAAGCUAUCAAGUGUUGGAUCUGCUGAAAGCAAAACAAUGCCAGCCGAAGCCACUGCAGAACGUGUUGAGACUCUACCUGCUGGAUUCCUUCUGAUUGCUAGUGGUCUUAAGAAUCCCAAAUUGCGUUCAGACUAUCGUCAUCGUUUGCUAUCUUUAUGCUCUGAUGUAGGGCUGGCUGCUGAGUCUAGAAGUGGGAGGAGUGGAGCAGAUUUUUUGGGGCCUCUACUUCCUGCUGUUGCUGAAAUAUGUUCUGAUUUUGAUCCUACUGUAGAUGUGGAACCAUCACUUUUGAAGUUGUUUCGCAACUUGUGGUUCUAUAUUGCUCUUUUUGGUUUAGCACCUCCCAUACAGAAAUCUCAACCACUAGCAAAGUCGGUUUCCACUACACUGAACAGUGUGGGAAGCAUGGGUGCAAUUCCUCUUCAAGCAGUUGGUGGGCCGUACAUGUGGAAUGAACUGUGGUCUUCUGCUGUUAAACGGAUUGCUCAAGGAACUCCGCCCCUUGUUGUCAGUUCAGUGAAAUGGCUUGAAGAUGAGUUGGAACUCAAUGCUCUUCAUAACCCUGGCAGUCGUCGAGCGAAUGGCAAUGAGAAAGCAGCUGGAACCCAAAGAACAGCUCUUUCUUCUGCUUUAGGUGGACGAGUUGAGGUUGCAGCAAUGAGCACAAUUUCAGGAGUGAAGGCGACCUAUCUUCUUGCUGUUGCUUUUCUCGAGAUUAUACGCUUCAGCAGCAAUGGUGGCAUCCUUAAUGGUGGCACUAGUUUGACUGCCUGUAGAAGUGCUUUCAGUUGUGUCUUUGAAUACCUGAAAACCCCAAAUCUUAUGCCAUCUGUCUUCCAGUGUUUGAAUGCAAUUGUGCUCAGGGCUUUUGAAACUGCAGUUUCGUGGCUGGAAGAGCGAACAUCAGAAACAGGCAGUGACGCUGAGAUCAGAGAAUCUACUCUAUUUGCACAUGCCUGUUUUCUCAUAAAAAGUAUGUCCCAGAGGGAGGAACACAUUCGGGAUAUUUCUGUUAACUUGUUAAUCCAGCUUAGAGAUAAGUUUCCUCAGAUUUUGUGGAAUUCGUCUUGUCUAGAUUCCCUGCUAUUUUCAGUUGAUAGUGGCACACCUGGCGUUAUCAAUGAUCCUGCUUGGGUAGCAACUGUUCGUUCUUUGUAUCAGAGACUAGUACGAGAAUGGGUUAUCAUAUCUCUUUCAUAUGCUCCUUGCACUACCCAAGGCCUGCUUCAGGAAAAACUUUGUAAGGCAAAUACAUGGCAGAGAACACAGCCUACAACUGAUGUGGUUUCUCUUUUAUCUGAUAUACGGAUUGGUACGGGUAAAAAUGAUUUUUGGCCAGGUAUACGAACAGCAAAUAUUCCUGCUGUAAUGGCUGCUGCAGCUGCAGCUUCAGGAGCAAACUUAAAACUGACAGAAGCAUUCAAUUUGGAGGUGCUAGGCACUGGCAUUGUGAGUGCAACAGCCAAAUGCAACCAUGCUGGAGAGAUUGCUGGCAUGAGAAGGUUGUAUAACAGCAUUGGUGGAUUUCAAACUGGCACCAAUACAACAGGGUUUGGUAUUGGUAGUGGCUUCCAGAAGUUAAUUGCUGGAGCAUUUUCCCUACAGUCAGAUGCAGAGGAUGAUUCGUUUAAUGAGAUGUUGCUUUCCAAAUUUGUGCGUCAACUUCAACUAUUUGUUAACAUUGCUGAAAAAGGUGGCGAAUUGGACAAGUCACUAUUUCGUGAAACUUGUUCUCAGGCUACUGCAUUGCUUCUUUCAAAUCUGGGUUCUAAUUCCAAGUCAAAUGUAGAGGGCUUCUCACAACUUUUACGGCUUCUUUGCUGGUGUCCUGCUUAUAUUUCCACUCCUGAUGCAAUGGAAACUGGUGUUUUCAUUUGGACUUGGUUAGUGUCUGCUGCACCCCAACUGGGGUCCCUUGUCCUUGCUGAGCUUGUUGAUGCAUGGCUAUGGACAAUUGACACAAAACGAGGUCUCUUUGCAAAUGAAGUGAAGUACUCUGGACCUGCUGCAAAAUUGAGGCCUCAUCUUGCACCUGGGGAACCAGAGGUGCAGCCUGAAGUUGAUCCUGUUGAGCAAAUAAUUGCUCAUAGACUAUGGCUUGGAUUUUUCAUUGAUCGUUUUGAGGUAGUUCACCACAAUAGUGUUGAGCAGCUCUUGCUCCUUGGUCGAAUGUUACAAGGGACCACUAAACUCCCAUGGAACUUUUCACGCCAUCCUGCAGCUACUGGUACUUUCUUCACUCUCAUGCUUCUUGGGCUGAAGUUCUGCUCCUGCCAGUCCCAGGGAAAUUUGCAAAAUUUCAAAACAGGACUUCAACUUCUGGAAGAUCGGAUCUAUAGGGCAUCACUGGGCUGGUUUGCCUAUGAGCCUGAAUGGUAUGACACAAAAUAUAUGAAUUUUGCCCAGUCUGAGGCUCAGUCCAUCUCUGUAUUUGUUCACUAUCUUUCAAAUGAGCGAGGAGAUGCUAUUCAACCUGACCCAAAAGGACGGGGGCGUGAGAAUGGUGGCCCUUUGGCUGAUAUGAACAAUCAAUAUCACCCAGUCUGGGGCCAGAUAGAAAAUUAUUCUGUGGGAAGAGAAAAAAGGAAGCAGCUACUUCUGAUGCUAUGCCAGCAUGAGGCUGAUAGGCUUGACGUCUGGGCACAGCCAAUUACCUCUAAGGAUAGUAUAUCUUCUCGGCCUAAAAUUAGCUCAGAGAAGUGGGUUGAAUAUGCUAGAACUGCAUUCUCAGUUGAUCCUAGGAUUGCUCUAUCCUUGGCAUCAAGGUUUCCGUCAAACGCUUCUUUGAAGGGUGAAGUAACUAAUCUGGUUCAGUCGCAUAUAUUGGAACUCCGCUGUAUACCCGAAGCAUUGCCAUAUUUUGUGACCCCUAAGGCAGUUGAUGAAGAUUCAGCACUUUUGCACCAAUUGCCACACUGGGCUGCUUGUUCAGUUACUCAAGCUCUUGAGUUCCUAACUCCUGCAUAUAAGGGUCAUUCACGUGUCAUGGCAUAUGUUUUAAGGGUUUUGGAAUCCUAUCCUCCUGAACGAGUGACUUUCUUCAUGCCACAGCUAGUUCAGGCUUUGCGAUAUGAUGACGAGAAAUUGGUGGAAGGGUAUCUGCUUAGAGCAGCUCAAAGAAGUGAUAUAUUUGCCCAUAUCUUAAUAUGGCAUCUACAGGGUGAAAUAUCUGUUGUACCAGAAUCCGGGAAAGACCCUAAUGCUGGGAAGAAUAAGUCAUUUCAAGCAUUGUUGCCCACCGUUCGGCAGCAUAUUAUUGAUGGUUUCACUCCCAGGGCCCUUGAAUUGUUUCAAAGAGAGUUUGAUUUCUUUGACAAAGUUACAUCUAUUUCUGGUGUAUUAUUUCCGCUCCCCAAAGAAGAACGCCGAGCUCGUAUUAGGAGGGAGUUGGAAAAAAUUGAAGUGGAGGGAGAAGACCUUUAUCUACCAACUGCUCCGAACAAGCUUGUCAAGGGUAUUCAGGUAAAUAGUGGAAUACCAUUACAAUCAGCAGCCAAAGUUCCAAUUAUGAUCACAUUUAAUGUGAUUGAUCGGGAUGGUGACCCAAGCAAUGUGAAGCCCCAAGCUUGCAUUUUUAAGGUUGGUGACGAUUGUCGACAAGAUGUUCUCGCUCUUCAAGUGAUAUCACUUCUAAGAGACAUAUUUCAAGCAGUUGGACUUAAUCUUUAUCUUUUCCCAUAUGGUGUUCUCCCCACUGGCCAUGAGAGAGGUAUAAUUGAGGUUGUGCCUAAUACACGGAGCAGAAGUCAAAUGGGUGAAACAACUGAUGGUGGUUUGUACGAGAUUUUUCAACAGGACUAUGGGCCCGUUGGGUCUCCCAGUUUUGAAGCUGCACGGGAGAACUUUAUCAUUAGCAGUGCUGGUUAUGCAGUUGCUAGCCUUUUACUACAACCCAAGGAUAGACACAAUGGGAAUCUUCUAUUUGACAACAAGGGGCGGCUUGUCCAUAUUGAUUUCGGUUUCAUUUUGGAAACGUCACCUGGUGGAAAUAUGCGUUUUGAGAGUGCCCACUUCAAGCUGAGCCAUGAAAUGACCCAAUUACUAGAUCCAUCUGGGGUUAUGAAGAGUGAUACAUGGCAUCAAUUUGUAAGCUUAUGUAUUAAGGGUUAUCUUGCUGCUCGUCGUUAUAUGGACGGUAUCAUCAACACCGUGCUGUUAAUGCUAGACAGUGGAUUACCUUGCUUUAGUAGAGGUGACCCAAUUGGAAAUCUUCGCAAGAGGUUUCAUCCGGAGAUGAGUGAACGUGAGGCUGCAAUUUUCAUGAGAAAUGUAUGCACAGACGCUUACAACAAAUGGACCACUGCUGGAUAUGACUUGAUACAGUAUCUGCAACAGGGCAUUGAGAAGUGAAGAAUAUUUUGGACCUCGUCUUCAAAUGUACAUUCCUGUUUGUAUUUCUUUAUUAUAGCUGUGAUUUUUCCGAAGAUCUCCACCGUAGUUUUGGGUAGAACAAAUUGCAGAAUCACCACCAUGACACAGUUGACAACUAAUCGCCGAGAAAAUGAUAAGAAUUAAGCUGGUUGUAACUUAGUGGUGGGUUCCUCGUGAGGCUUGUAAAAUUAUAAUUCUUAGUUUUUUUUUUUUUUUUUUUUUUUUUAACAUUUUUACAGCUUGUUGCAACCAUAGGCCGAAAUUGGAAGGACAAAAUGUUCCCCCGGUUAUCUGUAUAAUUCUUACCUAAUUGCUUCAGUAGCCAUUACCAGCCAUCCCUACAGGCUUCAAUUAUGGAUACUACAGUAUAACUAAAAUGGGUUCUUAAAUUAUAUGUUGUAUGAUCUGAAUCUCUAAAAGAUUUUCAU